AUGAAUAUCGGCAAGCGAUUCGACCGCAUGAAGCAAUGGACGGACGAGAGAAUGGGGAAAGAGAUCAAGACUGCUGCGUCCGACGAGUUCAAGGCUCUUGAGCUGGAGAUGCAGUUGAGACAUGAAGGUAUGGAGCGUCUACAGAAGAGUAUGACGACGUACGUCAAGUCUCUGUCCAAAACCAAAGAGGCAGAAGACAAGGAAAAGACGCUGCCCAUUGCCUACCUCGGAUCCACCAUGGCCAGCCACGGAGACGACUUUGAGCCCGACUCGGAGUUUGGACAGUGCCUCUCGACCCUCGGUAGAGCCAAUGAGAGGAUUGCUCGUAUGCAGGAGAGCUACGUCUCGAAUGCCACAAACAGCUGGCUCGAGUCGGUCGAGAGAUCUUUGGCUCAGAUGAAGGAGUACCAGACCGCUCGCAAGCGUCUCGAAACCCGCCGCCUCGCCUACGACACCUCGAUGAACAAACUCCAAAAAGCAAAGAAAGACGACUUCACCCUUGAAGAAUCGGCACGAUCCCAAAAGGCGAAAUACGACGAGUCCAGCGACGACGUACAACGCAGAAUGCUCGACAUCAAGGAAGCCGAAGUCGACAGCAUCAACGACCUCGGCACCUUCUUGGACGCCGAAUUGGCCUACUACGACAGAGCACGGGAAAUCCUCAUGCAGUGCAAGAGAGACUGGCCCAGCCCUUCUGGCAAUGCUGGAGCUGGCUUGCCAGUCCCUGGCGGCCGCAGGGUCCCUCGCUCUCGCUCCAACACCGGCAACUCUGCCUCCUUCCGCCAAAUCGACGAAGACGAGCCUGUCCAUGAUUUCCGCCCUCCAAUCCGCGCAAGAGCACCGUCAGGCACAAACUCCCCCCGUCGCGAACUCCCUGGUUUCGAUCUUCCUGUUAGACCCUCUGGCCGCUUCGAAGGACCCUCCAGUCUCAACUCUCGUGAUGCCUCUCCUAUCUCCAUGCCACGGUUGUCACGCGUACCAACUGAUUCCUCAGUAUCACUGAGACAAGGCAUACGCUCCAACAAACGCAACGACAGCGCCAAUUCAGACGUAUUUGGCGAUCAAGACGAUUAUGCCUUGGAUGGCAACGAUCGCUAUGGCGAUGAACGCUCCGUAUCUCCUGCUUCAUACUCUGCUGCUCCUCCCAGCUUUUCUCGCUCGGCCAGUUGGUCGCAGCAAGAUGGCGGUGCUAAAAAGCUGGCUCCUCCGCCGCCCCCUUCGAGGUAUGGUUUUGACGUGCAAAAAAAAGUGUUGUAUUUGGAUUGA